GCUAUGAAACUGAAUCCCCAACAAGCUCCACUCUAUGGCGAGUGUGUGUUGACCGUUCAGCUCGACGAUGGAGACGUGUGCCGUGCAGAGGGAGAAGAGGACGAAGAUGAGGAGGCGGAGUUUUAUCUUUUAUUCGCAGGAUCCACCCAAAGACAUCUGACAAGCACACUGCGAGUCAGCCACGUCACACUGCAGGCUGUGUGUCCAGCCCAUGAUGUGUGUGAGCCGGUCUUGGUGACAUUAUGUUUGGCCCGGCCCGGUGGACCAGUCGACACACAAUCACAGGAGACCUUCUGCUACGUUCAGGACCUGGCUCUCGACAUGGCCCACUUCCUGCUCGACAACAUAUCUCCACAGGAAGCAUUGCUAUUGGACGAUGAGCAGAGUGUGAGAGGUUGGAUCAGAACCUGGCCCUGGCCCUGA